AUGGGCUAUUCACGCUCAUCUCUAUGGAUAUCUCGGAAUGCUCCAGGCUACGUCCGUCUGGGUCGAGAGCUCAACAUGAUGAAGGACUUAUUUUCAGAGCUUGACAUGAGGAAGCAACAGGGUUGGGUGGCUUUCAACAACAUCGAAAAUGUAUUUAAUUGGAUAUCUGGUUGGCCCACCCUCACUGAUUGUAGGCUGUUCGAGCCAGAAUCAGAAGUGUUAAUGAUGAUGGGUAACUCGCGUUUAGAUAGCGCAUCAUUGCGAACUGACUGCAUGCUUUUUACGGAUGAUGGAAAGUAUAUGGUUGUAGCAACAACAGCACCAGCUCCAGAUCAGCUGUUGACGAUACCUUUGGCAUAUCCGAAUAACGAGGCUCUACCAGUGACAAACUAUAGCUUAGAAAUUUAUACUUUCUUCACUAUCGACAUUGAGAAAGGCUCAAUAGCUCAUUUCGUAAUGUACAAUUUUGAUCGUAUAAAUCUAACGCAUGGUGUAGCGCUUUGUGGACCAACAAUGAUGGUAAUGUCAGUACAAAAACAGAUUAUCCACAUGUUGCAUGUAAAUGAAGAGGGUAGGAUGAUACCACUGAAGGAUAUUGGUCCAUCCAUAUGGGAUGAUGAUUCUCUUUUUCUCUUCGGUGAUUGUCGAGUGACACCCACAAACGCGUCAAUAUACUCGGGCUUAAAACAGCGACUGCUUACAUUUAUGUAUAAAGAGGCUAAGUGUAGUGGAAAUGUAGACGAUUUUCUUCGUCUCAUACCACCCUAUAUGGAAAAGUUACGGAUGCAUCGGGCCCAGUUGUUUGAUGGUCACUACGUGCUAGUUCGAAUGCUACCACUAUGGACCGAAAUUACUGGCAUUCUACGAAAAUUUCGUCGAAGUUUUGCUCACACCUACACAGAACCCUCAUCGAUAUCCAAAAUCGUUUCAAUACAAUCCGCACUCCAAACAAAGGGCACAUUGGUCCAUGAGAAAUGCUACAUCCAUUACGGCGCAUUAUUCCGUAUAAUAUUCCAGCACUCAUCGUCGGAGAACCCUUUUCUAGAUCCUCUCUACUUCUCUAUUGAUGAAAAAAUCCAUUCAAACCUCAUGUAUGGUCGCAUGCGGUUCGACCUCGGACCAGUAAGAAUCUUCGCACGACGUACACAUCAUCAUGUUAGCUCGCUUAACCUACCAACCGCAUUAGCGUCGAAAAGCACCGCUUGUGUGUUUCUGUUCCAUCCGCAAGAUCCAUUAGCUAUAGCGUUCGAUCGAGUGCGCACCGACCAACCGCUCGCGUUCUACUUGCCAUCGUCGCCAGAGGAUUGA